AAUUGCGCAGUCUUACAGAGAAGUGGUCACCACCUCAAAACGAGUUGAAUCUCAACAGACAUCAAAGAUGGUGGACUGCUAAGAAAACUAUCAAUCAUCAGGGCAAUGAUCGCACUGAUGAUGAAGCCGGCAAGCCGCUCUGAAACGUCGACAAAAUUCUACGCAGUAAGGACCCAAAAUCUCCAGAUCAGACGUCUGCAAAACCACGGAAAUUCUAUGAAUCAUAAGAUCAAACACUGGCAAUAAAGAUUUGGUUGCUUUCAUAACAGAUCUUUGCGUAUUCUGGAAAAAAGAAAAACACAUGACUCCCAUUAACGUUCUUAAGAACUGACAACGUAACAGCCCACUAAUACAAAACGCACUACGUUUAUUUAUGCCGAGUGUACCUUGAACGCAGUCCAUGUAAGAGUUCAGCGCAGAAUUAAAAGCAAGAUUUCAGUAUCCCUGCUAAUGCAGUUACACUCGUUUUAUCUGACCGGAGGAGGGGUUAACGGUAAAGAGGCAACCAGCAAGCUGAUGGCGACACUACGGGAAGGGCCAUCGGACUGACAGGUCUACAGGUCUCUCCUGGCGCGGAGUGAUAUCAGCGACCACUAACAACGAGUGACACCGCAGGAUCCCUCCAAAGUGAGAUGAAGAUGACAGAAUCUCAGGAGAACUUGGUGGAGGAUGGUCGGCCUGUGACGCCGAGUCAGGCACCAGAAGAACCGACGCCGGAGACGUCGCUGACACCGGAUGAAAAGAUGUUCCUGAUGUACGCAGAGAGGGGGGACUGUGCAAGUCUCAGGAGUCUAUUGGAGGAACGCAGAAACCAGCCGGAGGAGCUCAACAUCAACUGCGUGGAUCCCCUGAACAGAUCAGCUCUCAUCACAGCCAUUGAGAACGAGAACAUAGACCUCAUCAGGAUCUUGCUCGAAUGGAACAUUGACGUGAAGGAUGCCCUGCUUCACGCCAUAAAGGAAGAGUACGUGGAGGGCGUUGAAGUUCUCUUAGUGUGGGAGGAGCAGAAUCACAAGCCAGGUCAACCACACAGCUGGGAGGCUGCUGACACUGCCACCUCCACCUUCACACCAGACAUCACACCCCUGAUUCUUGCAGCACAUACGAACAACUACGAGAUUCUCAAGAUUCUUCUAGGUCACGGGGCCUCACUGCCAACACCACAUGAUGUGAGAUGUGCAUGUGACGAAUGCGCGACUUCAAGUGAAACGGAUUCUCUGAGGCACUCCCAAUCCAGAAUCAACGCGUACCGAGCACUAACGUCACCUUCGUUCAUAUCGCUGUCAUCUAGAGAUCCUUUACUGACGGCCUUUGAAUUGUCAAGGGAGAUCAGACGACUCAGCAGAAUGGAAAAUGAAUUCAGGGAUGAAUACAAUGCAAUGCGCUCACAAUGCCAAGAGUUUGCAACAGCGCUCCUAGACCACAUCCGCACUUCUCUAGAACUAGAAGUGAUCCUAAACCACAAUCCUGAUGGAGAAGAACACUGGGACCCAGGGGAGAGACAAACUUUGGAAAGACUGAAACUGGCCAUCAAAUACAAACAAAAGCAAUUUGUAGCUCAUCCAAAUGUACAACAGCUAUUGGCCGCCAUCUGGUACGAAGGUUUACCAGGUUUCCGUCGUAAGAACGUGGCAAGACAGCUUUUAGAAGUGGCAAAGCUUGGAGUCAUGUUUCCUGUAUACAGCACCAUCUAUAUGUUGGCACCUACAUCUAAAAUGGGAAUGUUCAUGAAGAAACCGUUUGUGAAAUUCAUAUGCCAUUCAUCAUCAUACGCCUUCUUCCUCAUGCUGCUGAGUCUCGCAUCUCAAAGAGUGGAGUUCCGGGUGAUAGAAUGGUUCGGCACGCCCUGGAUGCUAUCCCUCCUUGAAAAAUGGAAGCAGCAAGAGAGAGGCUCACUGCCAAGGCCAAGUGAAUACUGUAUCAUCUUCUACGUCAUAAGUUUGAUAUGGUUUGAAGUACGGUCUUUGUGGACUGACGGACUUCUUGAAUAUAUUAAUGACCUUUGGAACAUAGUUGACUUCAUCAUGAAUGCCUUCUACCUGAUAUGGAUCAGCCUUCGGUUCACAUCCUGGUAUAUUGUACAGAAAGAGUAUUUGCAUGGAGAUAAUCCCUGGUACCCUCGCGAACAAUGGGACCCGUAUGAUCCGAUGUUACUGUCAGAAGGUGCAUUUGCGGCAGGAAUGAUUGUCAGUUACAUGAAGUUGGUGCACGUAUUCAGCAUCAAUCCACACCUGGGCCCUCUCCAGAUCUCGCUUGGUCGGAUGAUUAUCGACAUUCUCAAGUUUUUCUUCAUCUACUCUCUGGUACUUUUUGCAUUUGGCUGUGGAAUGAAUCAAUUACUCUGGUACUAUGCAGACCUCGAGAAAAGAAAAUGUUAUCACCUGCACCACAUUAUUUUUACGUACUGCGGUAUAAAAGAAUGCCUUACAUUUGAAUACACACAUUAAUUGCUCAAUGUUUGUUCCAGCUUAUUUGAGACAUCACAAUCACUAUUUUGGGCCAGUUUCGGCCUGAUAGACCUCAUGGCAUUUGAGCUGAAAGGAAUCAAGAGUUUCACUAGAUUUUGGGCCCUGCUCAUGUUCGGUUCCUACUCGGUGAUCAACAUUAUUGUGCUACUGAACAUGCUUAUUGCUAUGAUGUCUAAUUCGUAUCAGAUCAUCUCGGAACGUGCAGACACUGAAUGGAAAUUUGCUCGCAGUCGCUUGUGGAUGAGUUACUUUGAGGAGGGUGACACAGUUCCACCACCCUUCAACAUAAUCCCUACAAUAAAGAGUUUGAGCAAAUAUGUGGGUUGCAGAAAGAACAGAACAUCUGCGUCUAUUAUGAGGAAAUCACACAAGAAGGCUCUUCAGCGACAUGAAACAGUGAUGCGCCUCCUCAUCAGGCGUUACAUCACAGAAGAGACAACGAAAAGGGACAGAUCUGGAGUCACAGAGGAUGACGUGAUGGAAAUCAGACAAGACAUCUCUACUUUGAGAUACGAGCUCAUUGACAUUUUGAAAAAUAAUGGAAUGAGAACACCCAUGCUUGAAAAAUAUGUGUCUCAAGUUCCUGGUAAGAAGAAUCGAAUAAUGGAACGUCGCCUCAAGAAAGGAUUCCAGAUUGCUUUAGUAGAAGGAAUUGUGAGUGAAGUAAUUGGUGCUAACAAGGAACCACACAAUGUAUUCAGCAAAAUUGCUCGAGCCGUCGGUCAUCGAGCAAGUGGCCAGAGCAAGAAGAAAGACUGGAAUGCUAUGGUACGCCAGAGCACGACAGUAAGAGACCCGAUCGAGAGCUCCAGAGAAUCAGAUUUCCGACAAUCACAUCAGAGUAUGAAGCGGCACACCACUGCAAACUACAACACAGCCUUAGUAUCAAUAGACGCAGAGAAACUCAUUAAAGAUAACCCUAGACUUUCAUUAGUCACACCUGCAACUAGACUAGCAUAUGCCAAAUUCAAGGUUGCUGAAUUCAGACAAGAAGUUAAAGAGAUAAACAACAAAACUGAGAAUUCCACAGAAAAUUAUGAUAAAACAUCAAUUACUGAUGAUGCAAUUCAAACAAAAGUUAACUAUGGACAUCAUUCCAGAAAUGAAAUAUCUCAGACUGAUGCAACAAAAUCCAUUUCUAUCGUGAGGCCUAGAAAUAAGUCAGCGUCACCUUGUGUUGGCAUGCUUGCUUUACAUUCUUCUACAGUCAACGACCAACUGCCUUCUAAAGCAGUUUCAACACUUACUAAAGCAAAGCCAGACAAAACAGCAAACUCUCCAGGCAAUGAUGAAACUCCAACAUCUCACUCUUCAGUCAAGAAAGACUUCAGAACAAGAACACCAAUUCAAGAAGAGGAUAAUGAAGAAAGCACAGAAUAUUCACAGUGGAAGACACAGAAAGAGGAAGAAGUUGAGAGCAAUAACGAAAUAAAGGCAAAGACCCUGAGACCAAUGAAAACUACAGAAAUUACAACACCGACAGAGAGAUCAAGGAAGCAAAGUGGAAGAUCAAAGUUAACUGGUGAAAUUAAAACUGGAUGGAUGUAAUGUACAAGCAUAUGCAUCAUCAUAAAUAUAAAUGCUGAUGAUGGUGUGUUGGCAUAAACACGAUUGUUAUUCUUUUGGACACCAUCACUCAGGGAUUGAGACUAGCUUCCUCUGCGCAGUAAGGCCACCAGAGUAGAACCUUACUCCCCCUGCCACGUGACAACAAAAACCGAGCCAGUUUCCAAAACAUCAAUGGCUGAUAAUGUCCAAAAAAUAAAAUAUGAAAUUUGUAUGUAUCACAUUUGUACUGUAAGAGAAACCAGCUUGCAGGUUACAUAAAUAAACUAAUAAUUUUGCACUUUACUAUAUAACAUUCUUUAAAAAAAAUGUUUUAAUUGUAGAUAAUAUUAUAAAUAAUAAUAAAAUAUACCUAAAGUCAGGAUAUAUAAAUAAAGACCAAUAACUGCAUGGCAGCAGAAUGUCUGAUAGUUAUUAAAAAUAAAUAGCAAUAAGCAUCA